UUUUGUCUUAUAUUGAUAUUGAAGGAGUAUGUGGUCCAAAAUAGUUUUGAUGAUUGAAUAAAGCAAAGCAGAAUUAUAGUUUAGUUUCCCCAAAACCAUUCAUCCCUUUCGUCGGUGCCCAUAUAUAUAUAUAUAUAUUACUGUCUCAUCACUCAUUUGAUCUAUCUCUUUCUCACGCGCUGUCAACAUUUUCCCUCGGCGAUUUCCCGGCGACGAUCCGAUUUUCCGGCGAUAUACGGCCGUUGGGAACAGAGAAUCUUUCCGGUUCCCUUCUCGUAUUUGGAUCAAUCGGCUUCGCAAAAAUCAUGAAUCCCGAAUAUGACUACUUGUUCAAACUUCUGUUGAUAGGAGAUUCAGGUGUUGGAAAGUCAUGUCUUCUCCUGAGAUUUGCCGAUGACUCUUAUUUGGACAGCUACAUCAGCACAAUUGGUGUUGACUUUAAAAUACGUACUGUGGAGCAAGAUGGGAAGACUAUUAAACUUCAAAUUUGGGACACUGCUGGACAAGAACGUUUCAGGACAAUCACAAGUAGUUACUACCGUGGGGCACAUGGCAUAAUAAUAGUUUAUGAUAUAACUGAUCAAGAAAGCUUCAACAAUGUUAAGCAAUGGUUGAGUGAAAUUGAUCGCUAUGCAAGCGAAAAUGUAAACAAGCUUUUGGUUGGAAACAAGUCUGACUUGAAUGAUAACCGAGCAGUGUCGUACGAUACAGCAAAGGCAUUUGCUGAUGAAAUUGGCAUUCCAUUUAUGGAGGCUAGUGCAAAGAGUGCCACUAAUGUUGAGCAAGCUUUCAUGGCAAUGGCAGCUGAGAUAAAGAAUAGGAUGGCAACACAGCCAGCAUCAAACAAUGCAAAGCCACCCACCGUGCAGAUACGCGGACAACCUGUUAACCAAAAAAGUGGCUGCUGUUCUUCUUAGGUGUCGCAUUCUGCUAGCUAGAAUUGCUUCCAGAGUCACAUUCCAAUCGGAAUGCCUUGUUUUCUAAGCUGUGCCAGUUCCAUUCUUUUUAUACACCGGUAUCCAAGUGGCCUGUACAAAUCACAAGAAGUGCUUUUACGUAUAGGACUCUUUCGUCUCCGUUCUAUAUUUUCACUUCGUCGGGUUUCCAUGUCAAAGUUGCAGUGUUUGUUUCUGCAGUUUCAGGCAUAAUAUAUGUUUUAGAAGUUGGUUUUUAUUAGAUGGGAUAGUGAUAGAGCUGUAAUGCUGUUGUACUUGACUAUCAUGCUCUUCAAAUAAAAUGCUCUUGCCAUAA